CCCAUCCAUCCAACCCAUCCAUCCGCACACUCACCCACACACUCCUUCACCAACCCCCAAAACCAAAAAUGCACCCCCAAACCCUCCUAACCCUCCUAACCCUCACCCUCACCACCACCACCACCCUAGCAAUCCGCCUCCCGGCUAACGUAAAAGCCUUCUACGACACCCACAAAUCCGGCCCUUGCAAGCCCUCAAACCGCAUGUCCGCAAACUUCAAAGUCGGACUCGGCGACUCCUCCUACGGCGGCUCCAGCCCCAGCGUAACAUACUGCCACGACACGACCGCAAACGUAAUUACCAGCAAAAGCGGAGGCUACGCAGACAUGGACAUCGACUGCGACGGCCAACACUCGACCGAGGGCCGGUGCAGCAACGACGGGAGCCAGCAGAGCGAGACGGCGUUCAAGGAUACGGUGGCGCAGUACGGGAUCGCGGAUCUGGACGCGCAUGUGCAUCCGUAUGUGGUGUUUGGGAAUUCCGGGGCGGAGGGGAUGGAGUUUAGUCCGCAGAGUCAUGGGGUGGAGCCGUUGAGUGUUGUUGCUGUUGUUUGUGGGGGGAAGCUGAUCUACGGUAUCUGGGGCGACGUCAACGGCGGCGUAGUCACGGGCGAGGCCUCGCUGUCGAUGGCGCAGCUGUGUUUUGGCGACGACUCGGUUAGUGGGGACAACGGGCAUGGCGAGCGGGAUGUGCUGUAUAUUGCCUUUCCGGGCAAGGAGGCGCGGCUGGGCAAGCACGAUGCCAAGUGGAAUGCGUCGACGAAGGAGGAGUUUGAGGCGUCGCUUGUGGCCAAGGGGAAUAAGCUUGUGAGCAGGUUGUAG